GGGCGGGCUCGGGUGCGGGCGCGGCUGGGGCUGCGGCUUCAGGGUCUCGGGUUUGGGUGUGGCCAGAUCCCUGAAGGAAGGGGCUGAUCCCACUGAGGUAGUUGGCCAGCUGUGUGUGAGGCUGGCCCAGACCUCUAAGCCCCAGUCCAGGUUUUUUCCAUGACCCAGCUCUUCCCAGAGAGCUUCCUGAAAACAAGUCCUGAGAGGCACUGACUGUCCUCUGUGCUGCCCCGCUGGCCGGCCCCUUAUAGCCAGUGUGAGGGACGGGAAACAGCUGCUUCAGGACGUAUGCAGAAUCUGACCAGAUGAGUUUUUAAUGAGCCCACGAAGGGCUUCCAACUCUUGACUUCCUCCUCUGAAUGUUCACAUUCCACCCCUUUGAGCGUCAGUUUCUAAUUUCUUCCAGAGACUGACAGAAACCUCCUCAGGGUGUGAAAAAGGUGGCAGCUACUCCGGGAAACAUGGCCAAGUUUGCCCUGAAUCAGAACCUGCCGGACCUGGGCGGCCCUCGCCUGUGCCCCAGCGCGACUGGGGGCGCCCGCAGCCCGAGCUCGCCCUACUCAGUGGAGACCCCCUACGGCUUCCACCUGGACUUGGACUUCCUCAAGUAUGUGGAGGAGCUGGAGCGUGGCCCCGCCGCCCGCCGCGCUGCGGGGCCCCAGCCCGCGCGCCGUCCCCGCGCGCCCCGGGCCGGCCUCGCAGGCGCGCGCAGCCCAGGCGCCUGGACCUCCAACGAGUCCCUGGCUAGUGACGACGGCGCAGCGCCGGGCGCACUCUCCCCCGGUGCGCCGUCCGCGCUGAUGCUGCCGCCGCUCUCCCCGCGCGCACCCGUGCGCAACCCGCGCGUCGAGCGCACGCUCCUGGAGACCAGCCGGCGGUUGGAGCUAGCGCAAGCGCAAGAGGGCGCGCCCAGCCCGGCCCGCGCGGCCCCGCGCAGCCCGCGCGGGUCUGGCCACAGCAGCCCCGCCCCCAACCCGGCCCUGGCCUCGCCGGGCCCCGCGCAACUGCAGCUGGUGCGCGAGCAGAUGGCCGCGGCGCUGCGGCGCCUGCGCGAGCUCGAGGAACAAGCGCGCGCGCUGCCCGAACUGCAAGAGCAGGUGCGCGCGCUGCGCGCCGAGAAGGCGCGGUUGCUGGCUGCGCGCCGGCAGCCGGAGUCCGACGGGGAGGCCGAGGCGCGCCCAGACAAGCUUGCUCAGCUGCGGCGGCUCACCGAGCGCCUGGCCACUUCUGAGCGCGGCGUUCGCGCCAGGGUCAGCCCCGGGGCUGACGGCUCGGACGGGUCGGCUUCUAGCCACAGCGAGGGUGCGCCGCCGGUCCUCGACCGGGCGCCCCAGACACGGGAGGCAGGCACCCAGAUCGUGCCGGAGACCCAAAAGGUGGGAGUCCAGGCGGUGCCGGAGACACAGGAGACCGGCGUGGGGGCAACUCCUGAGACCCUCGAGGCGGAGGCGUGGGUGACGGAGGCUCUGCUGGGGCUGCCCGCGGCCGCCGAGCGCGAGCUGGAGCUGCUUCGCGCCAGCCUGGAGCAUCAGCGCGGGGUGAGCGAGCUCCUGCGGGGCCGGCUGUGCGAGCUGGAGGAAGCCCGCGAGGCUGCUGAGGAGGCCGAGGCCGAGGCCGUGGCGUCCCGGCCCCAGCCGUGCGAGGCUACCACCCAGACCCCAUGGGAUUAUGUGGAGAAGACCACGCAGACCGAUGCUCCACUGGAGGCCCUGGCCCCGAUGCCGGAGAACCCGCCCGGAUCCACGGAUGGGGAUAGGGCCGUGGCACCCGCGGGCACCCUCAAAUCCAUCAUGAAGAGGAAAGGUGGUACACCUGGUGGCCAAACCAGCCCCGGACCAAAGAGCCUGCAGUUUGUUGGGGUCCUCAAUGGAGAGUACGAGAGCUCAUCCAGCGAGGGCGACAGCGAGGAUGGCGCUGCCGAGCCCACGAGGAGCAGUUCCUCGGGCUCAGGCGACGACAGCGGCGCGGCAUCCGACUCCGAGACCCCUGGCGCUCCCAGCGGCAAGGAGGACCGGGACACCGAGCCGGAGGCAGAGCCGGAGGCAGAGCAGGAACCUCAGCCGGGUGCCCAGGGGAGGUGCGAGCUGAGCCCACGUUUGAGGGAAGCGUGUGCAGCGCUGCAGCGGCAGCUGAGCCGGCCCCGCGGGGUCCCCCGCGACAGUGGUGCGGCGCGCCUGGUGGCGCAGGAGUGGUUUCGGGUGUCGAGCCAGCGGCGCUCUCAGGCGGAGCCCGUGGCCGGGGUGCUGGGCGCGGUGGCGCGCCUGGGGCGGGAGCUGCUGGAGCACGUGGUGAACCUGGCGGAUGGCAACGGAAACACAGCCCUGCACUACAGCGUGUCCCAUGGGAACCUGGCCAUCGCGAGCUUGCUGCUGGAUACGGGGGUCUGCAAGAUUGACCACCAGAAUCGAGCUGGCUACUCCGCCCCCAUGUUGGCGGCACUCACCUCUGUGGGGCGAGAGGAGGACAUGGCUGUGGUCCAGAGACUCUUCCACAUGGGCAACGUUAACGCCAAGGCCAGCCAGACGGGACAGACAGCCCUCAUGCUGGCCAUCAGCCACGGCCGUCAGGACAUGGUAGCUGCCCUGCUGGCGUGCGGGGCGGACGUGAAUGUGCAAGAUGCAGACGGGGCCACGGCGCUCAUGUGCGCCAGCGAGUAUGGGCGCCUGGACACUGUGCGGUUGCUUCUGGCCCAGCCGGGCUGCGACCCUGCCCUCCUGGACAACGAGGGCACCAGUGCCCUGGCCAUUGCCCUGGAGGCUGAGCAGGACGAGGUGGCCGCUCUGCUGCACUCCCACCUGAGCUCAGGCCAGCCUGGCCCGCAGCUAUCCCCCGAUUCAUCCACGGCCACGCCUGGUGAAGGAGGCUGCGGUGACAGUGGAGAGGACCCUCUGCCCCUGUGACUGGCCUAGCACACUGGACCCAGAUGAGGGGUGGGGGGGUCCUGAUCCCUGGGCAGAGGUCUGUGGCCAGAGGCUCAGCUUGAACUGCGAAGGGUGAGGAUGCAACUGAGGGAGUGACACAGCCCCUAGUCUAUCCACUCUUCCAGCCUUCUUCCCUAAUAAAACCUUCCUAACUCA